CAGCAGGAAGCGGCGCGGAGUCAUGACGGCGGAGGAGGAGAGCUGAGGAGCCGAGCAGAGACCCUCAGCAGUGGUUGGGAUCGUCUUGAGUCCUCGCUCUGGUUCUGCCGGUCCAGCUGGGUUCUGGACCGGUUUCAGCGAUGGCGGACUAUCUGCCGGCUGCUCUGCUGGAAGCCUGCGUGGUGGUCGGAGCAUCUUGUGACAAACUGCAGGAAGUUCACCAGGCCUUUAACAGCAAUGGGACUCCAGAGCCCCUCCUGUUGGAGCCGGAGGUCCUCCAUGUCCUGGUUCCUCCCUUCGUCAGCCGACCACAAGCUGAGAGCGAAACUCUGCGGCCACGAGGGAAACGGCGGCGUUCGUUCCUCAGGAAGAAGAGGGAACAGCCUUCUUCACCUUCACCAACGCCUGGUGCAGCAGAAGGAAGAGGAGGAAGUGAAGACAUCAGUGUGCCUAAAGACAUCGACCUCAUGGCUUUACCUCAACUCUGCUUCCCUGGUGGUUUGCGAGUAACCAGCGAACAGAAGGAUGAAGAAUUCCACUUCCUGGUUUUCACUGAUGUCUUUGGCAACAAGACCCACGGAGCAGUGAUGCAGUAUUACCGUCCCAUACAGGAAGGAACGUUUUUCUAUCAGAACAGUGCCGAUUCCUCCAAUCUCUACUCUGCCUACAGUUUCUGUGUCAUAUCCAAGUAUCCGUUCUUCACUGCACUCAAAGACUGUCUGUCCUGUCUUUUAAUCCAGCUCAAAACUUGUCGGCUAUCAGACAUGGAAGACAGAGUGAAGGAGUUUGCGGCCAAACUGACCCUUGUGCCGGUUCCGCCUCCUGGACAGCUACAUCUGAUGUUUACACUACGACCUCUGACCAUCAUUUUACCCGCCAAAGAAGACAAAGACCUCCCGGCUGUGGAUUUAGACCUCCACCUGCCGUUGCUUUGCUUCAGGCCUCAGCAGCUGCUGCAGGUGAUAUCUUGUCUCCUGCAGGAACAGCGGGUGGUUUUAUUUUCUGCCGACUGGUCCAGACUCACGCUGAUGGCGGAGUGCUUGUUGCUUUUCCUGCAGCCUCUGUCCUGGCAGCAGCCUUAUGUUCCUGUCCUGGCCAGAGGCAUGCUGGACUUUCUAAUGGCUCCGACUGCCUUUCUGAUGGGCUGCCAUCUCAGCCACUUUGCUGAGGUCGCUGCUGAAACGGAAGAUUUGAUCUUAAUUAAUAUUGAUGAAGGAAGCGUCUCCACUUCCUCUUCCGAAACCGUUGACCUGCCUGACAUUCCUCCGGCUGCUGCAGACUGUUUCACACAGAGGUGUCAGUCACUGCAGAUACACUUUGACUUGGAUCACUGCCGUCACGCGAGUUGCACCGACAUCAACGAGCAGCGAGCUCAGAGGAGAACGUGGCAACACAACCUCAACCACCACAUCCAGAGGGUCGCGCUGGAACUCAUAGUCAACAUAUUCAGGGAUGUUAGCAAUCAUCUCAACUAUGAACACCGAGUCUUUAACAGCGAGGAGUUCCUGAAAACCAGAGAGCCAGCAGAGCAAGUUUUUUACAAGAAGGUGUUGGAGACCCACAUCUUCCAUUCGUUCCUCAAGGAUCGUCUCAACAAGAAAAUGGACAACUUUGCUCGAAUGGAACUGAGCACACGUUCUGAGAUGCAGAAAAUGAAGGCCAUGGUUGAAGUCCCUCGCAGACCCACCAUGCAGGAGAUUCAGGCCAGGAGGAAGAGCUCCGUCGUGGAGAACCGGCUCAGUAAGAGGCUGGGGAUGAGCCUCCCCAACCUGGGAGUUGACCAGACCAUCAGCUUCCACAGAAACUCGCUGAUGAGCAGGAUCAUGGCGCCCGAUCCUGCGCUGAGAUCACCUAGUAAGCCUGUCAAGAUGUUUAAACUGCCAGACUUCCCAGCAUCUCUGUCCUUCCACUCUGUCCAGAGUUAUUACAGUGAGCUCAUCCAGCAGCUUGGAAAAGCUAUUUUCUCUGUCCAGAACGAGAGCUCUGCCCUGCUGGCCAGGUUCUACUACUUGCGUGGGUUCAUCAACACGUUGUGUUCGCGGCGGCUGGACGCUCUGAGCGACUUCCAGAACCUCUACAAGACCGACACGGCCAUCUUCCCCACACAUCUGGUCACGUAUCUGGUGGAUUCGCUGCACCGAGACGAAAGGCAGCAAGCGCACAGACGACCUGAACUAAAGAGACUCAUCCUCAAGGUGAAGACUGAUCACGAGAAGCUGCUGGUGCAGCCUGAUGACUACGUCAAGAAGUUCAAACUUCCUCGCCAGCAGCUGCAUCAGGAUGAGUUUGUACGCUGCGUUCAAGAGUGCAGGAUUGUUAAAGACGUCGCCACCAUUCACCGUUUAUUUGAGGCUCUCACUGAUGGUCAGCCUCAGCAGGUCGACCCCGAGCUCUUCAAAAUCUUCUACACCUUCUGGAAGGAGGCCGAAGCUGAAGCUCAAGACGUCAGCCUCCCCUCUGAGGUCAUCGACCACCUCGACUACAGCGAGUGCGUCUACAAGUUGUCGUCCUGCGUCAAAACCUCCCUCGGCGUCGGCAAAAUCGCCAUGACGCAGAAACGUCUGUUUUUGCUCACCGAGGGUCGACCCGGCUUCCUGGAGAUCACAAAGUUCCGAGACAUCCAGGAGGUGAAGAUCGCAACAGCUCCCUUUCUGCUCAUUCGUAUUCCUUCCCUUCGCAUCCAGACCUCCGGCAGGCGUGAGGCGUUCGAAGCCAACCUGAAGACGGAGACUGAACUCUGGAACCUGGUGGUCAAAGAGAUGUGGGCCGGACGCAGGAUGGCAGACCAGCACAAGGACCCUCAGUACAUGACUCAGGCUCUGACCAACGUGCUGCUGAUGGAUGCCGUCACCGGCUGCCUGCAGACUCAGAGGUCCAUCGCUGCUGCUUCAAAGCUGGCUUACUUUGAUAAGAUCAAACAUGAAGUUCCCAUGAUGGUGCCCAAAACUACCUCAGAGACUCUCAAGCACAAGAUCAACCCGUCGCUGGACCUGGCUGAACCUCAGACUGUACACGUGCUGCUCUACACGCCAGGUCAGCUGACUUGCAACGACUCGGUGGGUGAGAUGAACCCGAAGCUGUGGGUGGCUCUCAGCGGGGGCAGAGUGGUUGUGUUCGAUGCAGCGAGCUGGUGUUUGCUGCAGGCCUGCAUCCAGGUCGGAGAGUCGCAAGUGAACUGCAUGAUGGGACUGGUGCAGGAGCAGGUGUGGAUCGGUUCUCAGGACUCUGUCAUCUACAUCAUCGACACUCACAGCAUGUCCUGCAACAAACAGCUGACCGAGCACAGACAGGAAGUGACCAGCCUCGCGCUGGACACCAGAGAUCAACACAGCAGUCAGCUGACGUACUCCUGCAGCAGCGACGGCUCGAUCCUGCAGUGGGACUCGUCCAGUCUGAAAGUGAAGCGGCAGUUCCACCUCAGCUGUGAGCGUCUGUCCUCCAUACAGGUCCACGAUGGCACUCUGUGGUGCUGUUGUGAGAACAGCAUUGUGGAGCUGAAAAAAAGCGGCGCACCUCAGAGAAGAAUAACACUUCCCAGUGACCUACGGAGCAUGCCCAGUAGCUUCAGCAGCUUCGUCGUCAUCCCAGAGCGAGGGCAGGUGUGGACCGGCUGUGCAGACUCGGUGGAUUUGUGUCUCUGGCAAAUAAACAACCACAAACAUCCACCUAAAAGAAUCUCCCUGCCUGGAACCUCUGGAGUCACCUGCAUGAUCCGAGUCAAAGACCAGAUCUGGGUGGGCUGUCGCGGCCGGAGCAGCGUUGGAGGGGAGAGCGACGGCCAGCUGAGGAGUCAGGUGUUGGUGGUCGACCCUCAGAGCCACACGGUGGAAAAGGAGCUGCAGGCCCAUUCAGACAGCAUCCAGACGCUGUGCUCCGCCGAGGACCGCUACGUCCUGAGUGGCUCCGCACGCCGCGACGGCAAGAUCGCAAUCUGGAAGGUCGAGUAGAGAGCAAAGACCGAGGAGGUCAAGUAGAAGGAAAGGAGGUGGGUAGACGUGAAAAAAAAAGAGAGGAGCACGAGAACAAACGCUUAUGAGAACAAAUAACAAAAUUGUCUUUCGGGUGUUUGACUGUAACCGUUAGAUCAUCCUGCUGGCAGUAGAAUGAAUAAAUAUGGAAAAUGGAUGGGUGUGCAGGAAAAAAUUUGUUUUUUUUCCCCCACAUUUGUAGCAAGAUUUAAAUGCUCAUUGAAGCUAAAGACACAAAAUGCUAAAACUAACCAUGAAGAUGAAGUUUUAUGGAAGAGAAGGAUGUGUCUGUAUGUUUUGAUGUUGACGUGACAACAGCAGUGCAAUAUUAUGCUAUAAUUUAAAUUGCCAAAUAUUAAUAGUAAUAAAUGACAUUUUCCAGAAUUGACACAUA